AUGUCUUCUCCGCCGCAAUCUCCGCCGCAUAAGAAGCUAAAAAGCUCCACCGAAGACGCCGGCGAAGAAACUUUGAUGCACAUCAUAUCGAGUGAAACCCAGAACAGUGAGACCCAGAACAAUGAAACCCAGAACUCUGAAACCCAGAACUCUGCAACCCAGAACUCUGAAACUCAGAACAGAGAAAUCCAGAACAGAGAAACCCAGAAAAGAGAAAUUCCGAAGCACAUGAUAUUGAAAUUCUUGAGUGAAACCCAGAACAGAGAAAUUCCGGAUCACGUGAUAUUGACUGAAAUCCUUCCAAGACUUCCCGUCGAUUCACUUCUCCGAUUCAAGCAGGUCUGUAAAGAAUGGGAGUUACUAAUCUCGAGUCCCGAUUUCAUCAAUGAUCAUGCGUUCCGCCAAAAUCCUCUCUCCUCGAGGUCUGUUCUUUCAAUUGCCAAUGAUUCUUCAUUAACUGCUAUUGAUUACGAAGAUCUUGAUUUCACCCCUUUAGGCCAGUAUUCCUCAGUAAAUCCCAUUUUCUUGAUUGGUUCUUCUCAUGGCUUAGUUUUGUUGAUUUCUUCUGAUGCAACUAAGGGUCAAUUGCGAUUUCCUAGUUUACUUCUUUAUUUUGAAUUUGAUUUUAGGACUUUUAAUCCUGUUUUUGGUGGUCUUGGUAAUACUAUUUACCCUCCUCCAAAAUUUCUUCAGAGUACUGAUUUUGCUGCAAAGGAUUAUAGUUUUGGGUUUGGUUAUUCUUCAACUCAUGAUGAAUUCUACAUUGUUGCUAUUAAUUUUCUAGUGUCCUCGAACCAUCCUGUUGUAGUUGUCUUUCUAUACAACUGUAGUACCCAAAAAUGGAUUGAGAAGCACAAGGUAAUAACAGCGCCAAGUUAUGAGGAACAAAGGAUGGCAAUUAUACUUGAAGAUGUUUGGUAUAAACAUAGUGGAACACUUGUGAAUGAAGCUUUACAUUGGGGUGCUAUUAUUGUACUUGAAGAUCUUUGGUGUAAUCACCAAUGCAUUGUUGGCUUUGAUUUGGGUAGUCAGAAGUUGGGAUUUAUGAGUUUGCCGUCUGCCAAUUUUGGGGAAUCUGCAAUAUUCAUUCGUUCUGCUUUUAGUCUGUGUUGUUUGAAUGAUUUCUUGUGUGCUUGGGCUUAUUUUAAGGGUGGAAGAAGAGUUGAGAUGUGGAUGAUGAAAGAAUAUGGUGUGCGGAAAUCAUGGACCAAGUUGUUUUGUGCUGAUAUGAAUUCUACAUAUUGGUAUUUUUUUGGAAAGCCUCGACAGAUAAUGAUUUUCAAUUUUGAUGGGCUACGGUAUGUUGACUUCAGCUGCAUUACACCAAGAUGGAGCAAAGUUGAUUUUCAAGACCAAGUGAAAGCGGUGAAUUAUGUUCAAAGCCUUUUAUCACCUGAUGCAAUAAUCAAAUAUCCGACCUCUGGUGAAGAGAAUGAAUGA